UCUUCUCCCCCCACACACGUCCAUGGGGAGCCGGCCCCCCUGCCGGCACCUCCUCUCCGCUCGGCCCCGUAGGCACCAGCUGCCGCCUCCCUGGCCGCGGGCUGCGCGGGCGCCGGGUGUCCCGGCCCCUGGCGUGGUGCCCAGGUCUCGCCGCCCGCAGCCCCUGCUGGCGCGGCGCUCCGCUCGCCCCAACUGACUCCGAGACUGAGCGCCGAUGCUUGGCUGCACCGAGACAGCGGGCGAUCGGGCGUCCCGGGUCAGGGAGGGGGCGGCCGGGAGGAGACGUCGGAGAUUCUGAACCCUGGAAAAGUUCAAGGUUUGUGCAGGUCCCCCCGGGGAAGGCGAGGUGCGAGGCGGAGCAGCGUGUCCCUCUGCUGAGACAGCAAGACCUGGGAGGAGAGGGGUGGCGGCCCAGAGCUGCCGUGGGCAGGCUGAGCCCCUCUCCAUCCUACUACGUCUACGUCCAAGAGGCUGGAGUCGGUGGCCAGGGCAGGAAGGGCUCGGUCAGGCCCCUGGUCGGCUUUCCCGCUCCCUCAGUUCUCCAAGCCCCAUCUCCAUGGGGCAGCCGGUUCCGGCCGCGCCACCCUUGCCCCAGCCGCCGAGCCGAUGCCCGGCCAGGCGGCGCUGAGCCGGCCUGUGUGCAGCCGGGGCCCUGGUCGAGACUGGAGAGAACGCGCUGGAGUCCAGCCGCGAGCUCUGUGAAGGAACAAGCCACUGGCCGCCCGCCUCGGGCAUUCCUUCCAGGCGUCGCGUAGGGUGGUGGCGACCCGCAUCGCCGGUCUCAGCACUGCACGGAAACUUUUCCUUCUCCAGAUGGAUUAAAGUUGCCUGGAUUUUCUCUUUCUUUGUGAAAGAAACCAUUCAUUUGCACCUAACCUGGGAUUUUUAUGCUGGAGCUGCUGCAGGGCGCUUGGAGGAAGGAAGCCGCGCUACCCAUUUGGGGUUACUACCGAAAUCGAAGAAAUUGGAGCUUGUGUUGGAAACCUGCACCCUAGAGCGAGUUUGGAUUCGAGCUGGGCCGCGGGGUUGGGGGAUCCAGCACUUGGCUCUAGGCAGCCUUCGAGACGCCGGUGGCCACCUGGCCGCGGGACCGCACGUGCGGCUCCCCCCUCGCUGCACAGAUCCUGCAGGGGGCACCAGCCAGGGAGGUGGAGGCUCCUCCCGCCGCGAGCUGCACCCCCGCCAGCUCCGAGGGUGUAGCCGGCGGCGCCUGGGACGACCCUCCCCUCAAAGUGUCCCCGAAUUGCACUCACUGGCCCCUAGAGCCUCAGCAGAGACAGCGGGGCGCCAAGGCCAUCCUGAGUUGGAUGUGACCAAGCCCAGCCUGGGGCCAAGUCGUCGUGGACUGUUGCCCCCUCGGCCAUCAGCCGCUCCCGCCUCGGCCAUGGCCCCAGGGAUGUCGGGCCGCCGCGGCGCCGCCCUGCUGUGCCUCUCGGCGCUGCUCGCCCACGCCGCCAGCCGUUCCCACCCGGCCAGCCCCAGCCCACCGGGGCCCCAGGCCAGCCCGGUGCUGCCGAUCAGCUACCACCUGUCACACAAGGGGCUGUCCUUCUUCCUGAGGGAGGCACGGCCCCCACCAGCUGCAGCCGCCAACAGCUCCCUGCAGCGCUCCAAGCCUUUCGUGGUGUUCCAGACGAAGGAGUUGCCUGUCCUCAACAUCUCCCUGGGGCCCUUCAGCACCAGCCAGGUGGUGGCCCGGGAGCUGCUGCAGCCGUCCAGCACCCUGGACAUCCCCGAGCGCCUGACGGUCAACUGGAAGGUGCGGGCCUUCAUUGUCCGUGCCCGUGUGCCCGCCUCGCAGCCCGUGGCCCAGGUGCUGUUCUACGUGGCCGGCCGGGAUUGGGAUGACUUUGGCGUCACCGAGCGGCUGCCCUGUGUCCGCCUGCAUGCCUUCCGAGAUGCCCGGGAGGUCAAGAGCUCCUGCCGCCUCAGCGGGGGCCUGGCCACCUGUCUCGUGCGGGCGGAGCUGCCCCUGGCCUGGUUCGGGCCCCCUGACCCCGCAGCACCGCCCACCGCCCGGCGCAAGUCUCCAGAUGGGCUGGAGCCCGAGGCAGCAGGGGAGAGCCAGCAGGCCGAGCUGUACUACACUCUCCAUGCCCCAGAUGCGUCUGGAGGCUGUGGGGGCGCCCGCAGGGGGCCUGGGGUUGGAGUGGGGGCCCGGGCAGAGAGCCCCACCCAGCACCCCCUUCUGCGCAUCGGGAGCAUCAGCCUGUUCCGCCCACCCCCCAGGAGGACCCUGCAGGAGCACAGGCUGGACAGCAACCUGAUGAUCCGCCUCCCCGAUCGGCCCCUCAAGCCAGGGGAAGUGCUCAGCAUCCUUCUCUACCUGGCCCCCAACUCCUCCUCUCCCUCCAGCCCCAGUGUGGAGCAUUUCACACUCAGGGUGAAGGCCAAGAAGGGAGUGACUCUUCUAGGCACCAAGUCACGGAGUGGCCAGUGGCACGUGACCUCAGAGCUGCUGACUGGGGCAAAGCACUCAACAGCCACCGUGGAUGUGGCCUGGGCCCAGGGCACGCCCCUGCCCCCGUGGGAGGGCCAGGGGCCCCUGGAGAUCCUGCAGCUGGACUUUGAGAUGGAGAACUUCACCAGCCAGUCGGUUAAGCGGAGAAUCAUGUGGCACAUUGACUACCGCGGCCACGGCGCCCUGCCUGACCUGGAGCGGGCGGUCACCGAGCUGACAGUCAUCCAGCGGGAUGUGCAAGCCAUCCUGCCCCUGGCCAUGGACACGGAGAUCAUCAACACAGCCAUCCUGACUGGCCGGACGGUGGCCAUCCCUGUCAAGGUCAUCGCCAUCGAAGUGACUGGCCUCGUCCUCGACGUCUCCGCCCUGGUGGAAUGCGAGUCUGACAGUGAGGACAUCAUCAAGGUAUCCAGCAGCUGUGACUACGUGUUUGUUAGCGGAAAGGAGUCUCGCGGGUCCAUGAACGCCAGGGUCACCUUCCGCUACGACGUCCUCAGUGCCCCCCUGGAAAUGACAGUCUGGGUCCCCAAGCUGCCCCUGCACAUCGAGCUCUCGGACGCCCGCCUCAGCCAAGUGAAGGGCUGGAGGGUACCUAUCCUCCCCGGCCGGAGGUCAGCCCGGGAUAGCGAGGACGAGGACGAGGAGGAAGAGGAGCGGCGUCAGAGCGCCAGCCGUGGCUGCACCCUGCAGUACCAGCAUGCCACUCUGCAGGUCUUCACUCAGUUCCACACGAUGUCAUCCGAGGGCACCGACCAGGUGGUCACCAUGCUGGGCCCGGACUGGCUCGUGGAGGUCACCAAACUGGUCAGCAACUUCAUGCGGGUGGGUGACCCCCGAGUGGCACGCAUGGUAGACAGCAGCACGCUGGCAGGCCUGGAGCCAGGCACCACCCCCUUCAAGGUGGUGUCCCCACUGACGGAGUCUGUGCUCGGGGAAACACUGCUGACGGUGACAGAGGAGAAGGUCAGCAUUACACAGCUGCAGGCCCAGGUGGUGGCCAGCCUUGCCCUCUCCUUACGGCCCAGCCCAGGGAGCAGCCAUACCAUCCUCGCCACCACGGCCGCCCAGCAGACCCUCAGCUUCCUCAAGCAGGAAGCCUUCCUGAGCCUCUGGCUGUCCUACAGUGAUGGCACCAUGGCCCCACUCUCCCUCUACAGCCCCCGGGACUAUGGGCUGCUGGUGAGCAGUCUGGACGAGCGGGUGGCUACUGUGACCCAGGAUCGGGCCUUCCCGCUGGUGGUGGCAGAAGCCGAGGGAGCAGGGGAACUGCUCCGCGCCGAGCUCACCAUCUCAGAGAGUUGCCAGAAAACCAAGCGCAAGAGUGUUCUGGCUACGACUCCCGUGGGCCUGCGGGUGCACUUCGGGCGGGAGGAAGAGGACCCCACGUACGACUACCCGGGACCUAGCCAGCCAGGGCCGGGUGGGGGCGAGGACGAGGCCCGAGGAGCUGGCCCACCAGGCACGGCGGUGCCCCCACCCAAGGCCCCGGGCACUGCCAGUCCAGCCGUGCUGCCCACAGAAGACUUCCUGCCACUGCCCACGGGCUUCCAGCAGAUGCCACGCGGGCUGACGGACCUGGAGAUCGGCAUGUACGCCCUGCUGGGCGUCUUCUGCCUCGCCAUCCUCGUCUUCCUCAUCAACUGCUUCGUCUUCGUGCUGCGCUACCGGCACAAGCGCAUCCCGCCCGAGGGCCAGACCAGCAUGGACCACUCUCACCACUGGGUGUUCCUGGGCAACGGGCAGCCUCUGCGGGUGCAGGGGGAGCUGUCGCCGCCCACUGGCAACCCGCUGGAGACCGUGCCCGCCUGCUGCCACGGCGACCACCACAGCAGCGGCAGUUCGCAGACCAGUGUCCAGAGCCAGGUGCAUGGGCGGGGCGACGGUUCCUCCGGUGGCUCCGCCCGGGACCAGGCGGAGGACCCUGCCAGCUCACCCACCUCCAAGCGCAAACGGGUCAAGUUUACCACCUUCACCACGCUGCCCACAGAGGAGCUGGCCUAUGACUCGGUGCCCGCCGGUGAAGAGGACGAGGAGGACGAAGAGGACCUGGGUUGGGGCUGCCGGGAUGUGGCUGGCACCACGCGGCCCGCUGCACCCCAAGAUCUGCACAAUUACAUGCGCAGAAUUAAAGAGGUUGCGUAAGGCGUCAUCCCCCCACGGGGAAGGCUCUGUGUGGGGCACAGCCAGGACUCCGGCUCACACUGACCCAGGGCGGCUGGCUUGGAUUUUAUAUGCCCGGCCCCCUGCAGCUUUGCUCUGUGCGGGUGGCCGCCUCCCUCAUCUGGUCUUUCUCACGGCCUCACACUCUUACCCUCUUCUGCCGCAGCAGGUCGAGGGCUCCUGCCUCCGGAGCUUGCUAGGAGGAAGCAAUUCCAGCCCUGAUUCCACCUUUUCCAAACGUCCCCUCUUAGACGAACUGCCUGCCCCAAGAGUGAGGCACGGAGGCCAAGCUUGGGGCCAGGUGGGCUCACACUGUGCCCCGCCCCUGUCUCCCAUGUCCUCUGUGGUCCCACUAUGUGGGGGGGUUCUGGGGGGUUUUGUGUCACUAGCUGCACAAAGACUUUUCUUAAACCACUAUUCAGGGAUUUCCAUCCUGUAGGGUGGGGAGGUGGUGGCUGCCUGCCCUGCUAAGGAUCUUGCUGUGGACAAAAUAUUUGGGAUGUGGGGGGACACUUGUAGCAUCUUCUGGUUUUGGGGGUCCUCCCCAGUCCCUUCUCACGACCUGGGAGCCGACCCCAGAGGGGUCUGGGGCCAAGCCGGGCACCUUCCUGAGAGUUCAGGACUUCCUCUUCUGCCCUCAAGGACUGCGGGCAGGAACCUAAAGGGGGCGGAGUCCUCCGUACACCCCCAGCCAGGCCACGCCCACAGCGCCAUGGUCAGCGUGGGUCCCGGGAGGCCUGCGUGCUUCCCACCCACCACAUAGCAAAGUCCACACUUCGCCUUAGCCGCUCCUGCUCUGCUGACCACUCCUUCCCUCUCUUCAGGGACAGCCACCCAUUCCCCCCUGACCCCCCCAGGAAACGGAUCCAAUGGGAAGGGGAGAGAGGGCACCAGGGAAUGCUGUGAAGAACCUUGGGAUGGGCAAGGAAGAAGGGAGCGGAGCGUCUCCCUCCCCCAUCCCACAGCCACUUUUCUCUCGGGUUUUACCCACCACUGUGUUGGAUUUUUCUUAAAUAAAUGGAGGCGACCAGACUGGAGGUGGGGGCUCCCGGA